GCUCCGCGGCGGCUCGGGUGGCAGCGGCGGUGGCGGCUCGGCGGGCUCCGCGGCUCCUGUCCCUCGGGCGGCUGCCCGCGCGCUGCCCAGGGCGCCCGGACACACGUGGCGGCUCGGCGAUGGCCCGCGCCCCGCGACGUGGCGGGCAGGCACCGGGGCGCGGGACCGCUCGGCCGGAGUGAGCCGGGGCCGCGCUCCCGCCCUCGGCCCGCGCCGCCCGGGAUGGCCGUGGCGCCGCUGCGGGGGGCGCUGCUGCUGUGGCAGCUGCUGGCGGCGGGCGGCGCGGCGCUGGAGAUCGGCCGCUUCGACCCGGAGCGCGGGCGCGGGGCGGCGCCGUGCCAGGCGGUGGAGAUCCCCAUGUGCCGCGGCAUCGGCUACAACCUGACCCGCAUGCCCAAUCUGCUGGGCCACACGUCGCAGGGCGAGGCGGCCGCCGAGCUGGCGGAGUUCGCGCCCCUGGUGCAGUACGGCUGCCACAGCCACCUGCGCUUCUUCCUGUGCUCGCUCUACGCGCCCAUGUGCACCGACCAGGUCUCGACGCCCAUCCCCGCCUGCCGGCCCAUGUGCGAGCAGGCGCGCCUGCGCUGCGCGCCCAUCAUGGAGCAGUUCAACUUCGGCUGGCCGGACUCGCUGGACUGCGCCCGGCUGCCCACGCGCAACGACCCGCACGCGCUGUGCAUGGAGGCGCCAGAGAACGCCACGGCCGGCCCCACGGAGCCCCACAAGGGCCUGGGCAUGCUGCCCGUGGCGCCGCGGCCCGCGCGCCCUCCCGGAGACCCGGGCCCCGGCGCGGGCGGCGGCGGCGGCACCUGCAAGAACCCGGAGAAGUUCCAGUACGUGGAGAAGAGCCGCUCGUGCGCGCCGCGCUGCGGGCCCGGCGUCGAGGUGUUCUGGUCCCGGCGCGACAAGGACUUCGCGCUGAUCUGGAUGGCCGUGUGGUCGGCGCUGUGCUUCUUCUCCACCGCCUUCACGGUGCUCACCUUCCUGCUGGAGCCCCACCGCUUCCAGUACCCGGAGCGCCCCAUCAUCUUCCUCUCCAUGUGCUACAACGUCUACUCGCUGGCCUUCCUGAUCCGCGCGGUGGCCGGGGCGCAGAGCGUGGCCUGUGACCAGGAGGCGGGCGCGCUCUACGUGAUCCAGGAGGGCCUGGAGAACACGGGCUGCACGCUGGUCUUCCUGCUGCUCUACUACUUCGGCAUGGCCAGCUCGCUCUGGUGGGUGGUCCUGACGCUCACCUGGUUCCUGGCGGCCGGGAAGAAAUGGGGCCACGAGGCCAUCGAGGCCCACGGCAGCUACUUCCACAUGGCUGCCUGGGGCCUGCCCGCGCUGAAGACCAUUGUCAUCCUGACCCUGCGCAAGGUGGCCGGGGAUGAGCUGACCGGUCUCUGCUACGUGACCAGCUCGGACGCGGCAGCGCUCACGGGCUUCGUGUUGGUGCCUCUCUCCUGCUACCUGGUGCUGGGCAGUAGCUUCCUACUGACCGGCUUCGUGGCCCUCUUCCACAUCCGCAAGAUAAUGAAGACGGGCGGCACCAACACAGAGAAGCUGGAGAAGCUCAUGGUCAAGAUUGGGGUCUUCUCCAUCCUCUACACAGUGCCCGCCACUUGCGUCAUUGUUUGCUACGUCUACGAACGCCUCAACAUGGACUUCUGGCGUCUUCGGGCCACGGAGCAGUCAUGCGCAGCAGCAGCCGGGCCUGGAGGCCGGAGGGACUGCUCGCUGCCAGGGGGCUCGGUGCCCACCGUGGCUGUCUUCAUGCUCAAAAUCUUCAUGUCGCUGGUGGUGGGCAUCACCAGCGGAGUCUGGGUGUGGAGCUCCAAGACUUUCCAGACCUGGCAGAGCCUCUGCCACCGCAAGAUGGCAGCUGGCCGCGCCCGGGCCAAGGCCUGCCGGACCCCCGGGGGCUAUGGCCGUGGCAUGCACUGCCACUAUAAGGCUCCCACCGUGGUCUUGCACAUGACUAAGACGGACCCCUCUCUGGAGAACCCCACACACCUCUAGCGACACAGGCCUGGUGCAGGGUGGCUGCUGCCCCCCUCCUUGCCCUCCACGCCCUGCCCCCCCUGCUUCCCAAGACAGCUGACUAGCAGCUGCCCAGCUGUCAAGGUCAGGCAAGUGAGCCCAGGGGGCUGAGGACCAGGGAGGGUACCCCGUGAGGCUCAUGUCCCCAGCUCCCGUAAUGUGGGGGCUGGGCCAGGCUGAGUCCCCACAGGGUUCUAGGAGAGGAUAUGGAGAGGAGGGGGCAGAAGGGGCACGGUCCAGCCGGAGUUUAUUUAAUGAUGUAAUUUAUUGUUGAGUUCCUCUGGAAGCUGUGACUGGAAUAAACCCCCGCGUGGCACUGC